AUGGCAGAAGCACACGUCUCCAAACUGCGGCGGAGCCCGACCGUCAUCGUCAUCGGUGCUGGGCCCUCAGGAAUCUGCAUCGCCCACGAAAUGAAGCAUAAUAUGGGAUUUGAUGAUUUCAUGAUCUAUGAAAAACUGGACGGGCCCGGGGGAACAUGGAGGGCCAAUAACUACCCCGGCUGCUUCGAGCUCAACCCCGAUUGGUCCAAGGAACUAUGUGACCAGAAGGAGAUAUUGGAAUACAUGGAGAACACUGUGGAUAAAUACAACCUCCGCCCCCAUAUGCGCUUCGGGAUCGAAUGCAUGGGCGCAAGAUGGCGUUCUGACAUUGGUCAAUGGGAAGUAACGUUGAGAGAUCUCAAGACAAACAUCGAAUACUCUCGGUAUGCCACUGCACUGGUCUCUGCCGUUGGUGGUAUUUCGUUUCCUCGCGAUGUCAAGUUCAAAGGGAUGGAGAAAUUCCAAGGGAAGAUAUUUCAUACGGCGAGGUGGAAUCAUGACUUCGACUACACAGGGAAGAAAAUGGCUGUCAUAGGAAACGGUUGCAGCGCUGCUCAGGUUGUCCCUGCUCUGUUGUCAAAGGCAGCAUGUGUCAAACAAUAUGCGCGGAGUCCUCAGUGGUAUCAUGAGAGACCGAAUCGUCCAUUCACGAAUUUUGAGAAGUGGUGCUUCAAACAUAUUCCUUUCUGGCUUCGAUGGCAGCGACUGCGACUUUUCCUCGAGAGUGACAACCUCGUCUCAACCUAUAUGCCUGGACCAGCGGCAGCGAAAGUGCGAGAGCGUGUGGAAACACAAGCGAAGGAGUAUAUCCAUGCUACCGCGCCAGAAAAAUAUCACGAUUUCAUCGUCCCAAAAUUUCCGCUCGGUGAGUCUAAAUCAGCUCGCUCAUAUCCAUUCAUCACUUUAGUUGAUCCGUCUUCGUCAGGUUGCAAGCGUCGUAUAUUUGACCCUGGUUAUCUCCAGUCCUUGCACGCGUCAAAUAUCGAGGUUAUCCCAGAAGGGAUCAAAGAAAUCACCGAAACAGGUAUUAUCAGCGACAGUGGUGUCGAACAUAACUUUGAUGCGAUCGUUCUAGCAACCGGGUUUCAGGUACAGCAAUUUUUAACUCCGAUGGAGAUCGUUGGGUCCAGUGGAGUAUCUCUGCGCAGGCAAUGGGAAGAGAAUCGUGGCGCGCAAGCCUUUCUAGGUACAACAGGGCCAAAUACAUUCCCGGCCCAUAACUCCGUUCUCUUCACCUGCGAAGUCCAGGUUGGAUAUCUCGCCCGUACCAUCCUUGCGCCACUGAUCGAUCGUCGCGUCUCCAUAAUCGACGUGAAAGAAACCCGCGAAAACGUCUGGGUGAGCGAUAUUCAUCAGCAGCUACAAGGUUCAGUAUUCUCUGCUGGUUGUUCAAACUGGUAUAUUAAUGAAUUCGGGCGAAAUUCCGCCUCAUUUCCAGGAUAUGCGCGCAACUUCUGGGUGCAGACCUGGAUGACUGCCAAUGGACUUGAUGACUAUGAUGUGGUAAAGGCAGAGCGAAUUGGAUGGGUGUUUAGAUUGGCAUCCAGGUGGCUAAGAAUUUGGUGGAGGACGAAGAGGCGGGUUAGUUUGACGUUAUUGUUGACACUCUGGAUAGUUGCAGGGAGAAGGGGCAAAGUGGCGCGAGUAAUUAACCAUAUCCUAAGAGUUCUAUCUUCUCGGAUCAGGGGCUGA